CCACCAGCGGCUGUAUAAAGAUUAUUAAUCAUUUGUUUUUCGUUUCAAUUCGAUCGAUAAUGUCAAUGCAGUAACUUCGAUUCCGGAUCACAAAUUGGAAACAGUAAAAACCCUACGAAAAUGGGCCAAAAAGUGUCGCGCACCGACUUUGAAUGGGUGUACACGGAGGAGCCGCAUGCCUCGCGCCGUAAAAUCAUACUCGAAAAGUAUCCGCAAAUCAAGAAGCUAUUCGGACACGACCCGAACUUCAAAUGGAUUGCCGGCGCUAUGGUCUUGACACAGAUACUGGCCCUGUUCGUUGUCAAGGAUCUGUCGUGGUCAUGGCUAAUUGUGGCGGCCUACUGCUUUGGCGGCAUCAUUAACCACUCGCUGAUGUUGGCCGUCCACGAGAUAUCGCACAAUCUGGCCUUUGGACACAGCCGUCCCUUUCACAAUCGCAUGCUGGGAUUCGUCUGCAAUCUGCCCAUUGGCCUACCCAUGAGCAUAUCGUUCAAGAAAUAUCACCUCGAGCAUCAUCGUUACCAGGGCGACGAGGCAAUCGAUACGGAUAUACCCACACUGCUGGAGGCACGACUCUUUGACACCACAUUUGGAAAAUUCCUUUGGGUCUGCCUGCAGCCGUUCUUCUAUAUAUUCCGUCCGUUGAUUAUUAACCCGAAGCCACCGACACGCCUGGAGAUCAUCAAUACCAUUGUCCAGCUGACGUUCGACGCUUUGAUUGUUUACUUUUUGGGUUGGAAGCCCUUGGCCUAUCUGCUGAUUGGUUCCAUUCUGGCGAUGGGUCUGCAUCCGGUGGCGGGUCACUUUAUAUCAGAGCACUACAUGUUUGCCAAGGGCUUCGAGACGUACUCGUACUAUGGCCCUCUGAAUUGGAUUACUUUCAAUGUGGGCUACCACAACGAGCAUCAUGAUUUUCCCGCUGUACCCGGCUCUCGCCUGCCAGAGGUGAAGCGCAUUGCCCCGGAAUUCUACGACACAAUGCCGCAGCACACCAGCUGGAGCCGUGUGCUGUACGACUUCAUCAUGGAUCCCGCUGUGGGUCCCUAUGCCCGGGUGAAGCGUCGUCAGCGUGGACUGGCCUCCUAAACUGUCGCUGUUUUGGGUUUACUCAAGGUUUCCUGUCGUUAAAUGUAAUCUCAGCGUUAGGCCCCAAUUGUGGGGUUUUCUAUAUACUACAUAUUCCACACGAUUGAACCUGAAACAGAAACGGAACGAUAGGCGAUAACGAAAACCGAAGCAAACUGAUUAGAUAUGGGCCUGGUUUGAGCAUA